GCUUCCCGAUUUCGUGCAGAUAAGUGGAGAUAUGAUCUAUUGAUCGGGGACAGACACAAAGUUAUACACACUGUUUGCACAAGCAUUUUAUGUAAAUAGACUUGUUUGGUGUAGAAAGUGAUAUCCAGGCCAGCACAUAAAGUAGUCGUGAAGACGCAGCGAUGUAAAUAAACUCUGACAUUCACACUCACACAAACAAGUGAUAUCGUUGUGUCUGCAAAACGAAUUGCUUUUAUGGUCAAUGUAGUUCGUGUUAGGACGAAUAAUUUCUACUUCAGGACGUACAAUAAGAAUAACAUCAAAAACUUCAUGUUAAUGUUAGAGUACCUAGUAUAAAAAGAACUAUUGUAAAAAAAAACUUGAAAUUAAUGGAGUGUGUUAUAUUCUGAUUUCGGAUUUAAAUGACUUUACUAGUAUUUGGAUUAGUUCAGGUAUGUUUUAUUAUUAAUACUCUUUGUGUCGGUCGAUAUCUAUUGAUAGCUUAUCUUCGAUUGUUAAACAUAUUUGUGACAAUAAAGAAACUUUUAAUUUGAACUCAAGACUUAAAUUGGAUUUAUAACACAUAGUCGCAUAUCGUUUGAACCCGAUGUAUAGGCGAUGUUUGUACCCAUCGUUUCAAUCGAUUAAACAAACGAGGUGAAAUAUUGAUCGCCAAAGGAAGACCAUUUUACCAGCAGUGUAUUAUUUGGAGUGAAUAUGCGUGCAUUCAGGCGUGGAACUCAUAUACAAGAGAAUAGGUUGUGAUGUUGUAUUUUUUUUAAAAUUAACAUUUCGGAGUGGGACACACACCUAACAUGUAGUAACUAUGAACUACAGAUUCCUUUUCAAUAUCAAAUAAACAGCAUGCGUGCAAGUGGCUAUUAUCCGACUCUCGAGAGUAUUUGAUUUGACGUGAAAUAUGGCUUUAUGGAGAAAAUGUACAUUUCAAAGAAGGAAGAUAUUUGUAAUAGCAGGCAUAUGUAUUCUAUGUGGUACAGCCUUCAUGACGCAAUACGUACAAGAUAUUGAUUCAAAAACCGCUCCUAGAAGAAUGGGUCCGUUGGGUCCCUUAAGCCCGCCAUCGAAAACAUCAAAACUACAAAAGGUGAUCCUUUAUUGGAUACCGUUCAACGGAAACCUUUGGAUAGAGUCUGAGAAAACACUUGUCACGGAACAAUGUCCUGACUCAUGCGCAGUGAUCACUGAUAAAAAUGACAUUGAAAAUGCCGACGCAGUGAAUUUUCAUCUUGUUGACCUAUGGCCGGAUAACUGGAAUAUUGGAACGUCGGAAACGAUCCCUUUUCCGUCAUACCGCCGAAGCGACCAAGUAUGGAUAUUGACCAAUCAGGAACCCCCUACCCAUAUGUUCGGGAAUCUCCGUGUAUUUAACGGUCUUUUUAACUGGACAGCGUGGUAUCGGAGUGACUCCGUAGUUCAGCUGCCUUACGGUUUGCCUGUUGCAUUGACCGAACAAGAAUCUACACGAAUGCAACAAACGACUUCAAAGAGAAACUUUUUUAAAGAGAAAACUAAAGAAAUUACAGGCAGGAUAAGUAACUGUAAGGACCAGGGGAAAAGGUAUCGCCUUAUACGAGAAUUACAGACGUAUCUUGAUAUAGACAUGUAUGGUGGGUGUUAUAAUAACAGCUGUUAUGGCGAAAAUUGCUCUCACGAUUUACAUAAAUAUAAAUUCUAUUUAUCCUUCGAAAAUGCUAGAUGUAAAGAUUACGUGACUGAAAAAUACUGGGAAGCGCUCCGUAGGAAUCAGAUUCCCAUCGUAAACUGGAAUUACUCGAAUAUAAAUCGGACUUUAGUAAUUCCAGGUUCGUUUAUCAGCAUCUAUGACUUUCCAAGUAUACGGGACUUUGCUUCCUACAUACAAAAAGUGGGCUCAAACGAGACGUUGUACAACAGCUACUUCGAAUGGAAAAACCACUACAAGGAUCAAACAAGAUGCAGCAGCUGCGAGAUUUGUAGCCGGUUGCACAGCAACACGUCCAUUCACGUGAUUAAGGAUCUGGACAAAUGGGUUCGAAAUGAUAUAUGUCCAAAAGUUGAGGUAUUCAACAACCUUCUCGACAAAAUUGACCGGCGUUUGUUUGAGUGGGGCUGGUAGAAAUAGGCGCGUAUUCGAUUGGUUAUGGUAGAAUUCGGCGCUUGUUCGCGUGCUUAUGGUGAAACUCGGCGCUUGGUCGACUGACGUUGAUAGAAACCAGUCCUUAUUUAACAGUGGGAGUAGACACCGGCGCCUCUUAUUCUUAGCGAUAAUGGAACCAGUGCGUAUUUCAUUGGUUAUUGUAAAGAUGGGCACUUGUUCGACUUGGUGUGAAAGGAACAGGCGCUUACCUGACUGGCGAUUAUAAAGAAGUGUCCUUUUUACUGGCUAUGGCAAAGCCCUCGCUUAUAAUGGCUAUGGCGAAUAGUUUUGUUUUAGCAUUUAUGCUGUAUGAUUUUGUACUUUUAAAUUUUGAAAUAUUUUUAUCAACAUGCCUUGUAUUUUCCAAUCAAACGACGAACGAAAAAAACAUAUUAAUUUACAUUGUGAAAAUUGUUGAAUAUUGUAUUUGUAUUAUGAUGAUUACGUACAUUGUGUAUAAUCGUAAUUUUUUAAUGAAGAUAUAUCUACCGUGGACCUGUUUUAUCGUUCAAACAUUCGUUAUGAUAAAAAUUAAAACGUA